CCACGCCGGUGCCCCCCGAUCGAGCCGGAGAUAGCAGAGCGCGCGCGUGCGAGGCCGACAGGUGUGCGGGACGAGGACGGCGGCGGCUGCGAGUUUUGGGCGCGCAUGGGAUGAGACGGCGGUGUGAGCGCGUUGCUUCCAGUGAAUGGAUCGCGGGGGGAGCGCGGGACCCGGCGCCGUCGGUAGCGCCGGCAGCCUCGGCCUCCGGAUCGGGCAGGCCGCCUGCUCGUCGGCGGCGCUCAUGUUCAUGUCCGUCGGCGUCGAGUUCUUCAGCUACACUGCCUUCUGCUUCCUGGUUACGAUCAUGGGCCUGCUGGUCCCGUGGAGCUGCACGCUCGCCAUGAUCGACAUGUACUCCAUACUCGUCGGGUGCCCGCUCCACGUGCCCGGUGUCAUGGCCAUCGUCGUCGUCGGAGACUGGGUGCUGUCGAUACUGUCGCUGGCGGCCGCGAGCUCGAGCGCCGCCGUCAUCGACGUCCUCCUGGAGUUCCACGGAUCCCACUGCGCCCCGAGGCUGUGCGAGAGGUACCAGCUCUCUGCCAUGAUGGCGUUCCUGUCCUGGCUCCUCACGGCCGCGUCCUCCCUCUUCAACCUGUGGUACAUCGCCUCCAGGUGAGGGUGGGUGGUCGCCGAUGAGGUCGCCAGACUCUGACCCGCUGAAGCAUCUCUGAAUUCUACUCUGUAUAUCUGGAAGGAAGGUUUUGUAUGUGUAUAGUAGCUGGAAGGAAGGUUUUGUAUUCAGAUUUCAUAAACCUGCCACUGACUAAUUAGCCAUUCUGGGCAUGAUGGAUGCCGAACUGGUAAAUAUUGUUUGAAGUUAACAUUCCACUUUCCACACGAUCAGCUCUUUGCAUAAUAGGGUAGUAUUAUAUUUUGUUUUCGUUUCUGGUCAGUACUACAUUUAUAGAGAUCAGUAUCUCGAGAGUUUCUGCAGAAAUACAAGAGGCUGCUGAAGACGGAACAUACGUAGGUAGUAGGCUGAUGGAUGUUAUGUUUUUGUAGCGCAAUCUUUUUCAUUUUCUGAGGGAAUGGCGACCAUUUGUUGGUGGAGAUUUAUCGGUGCAAAGUAGA